AGGGUGACUACUGGUUGCUGCUGAAGGACAUGAGAUGAGAGGGCUUUCUUCUGUACCCGCAAGGGCUAAAAAUAAGUUCAAAGAAUCAUCCAAUCUCGGAAAAUUCAGUGGUGGAAUCCACCCACCGGUGCCCAACCCCAAAAGGGCUCUCAAUCAAAAGCACACGACUUUGAGAGUUGGUACCGCAAUUGGCAGUUGGUACCGCAAUUGGCAGUUGGUACCACAAUUGAGAAAGCCAGAACACCGACCAUAAAGGAGUCUCACAGAGACAAAUCAUAUCAAGACUUUAUCAAUUUCACUGUAUUGUUAAUCAAGAAUGGAAUCACAGAAAGUUUGGGUUCCCAAGUUUUAUUCCUUUUCUUUUAUGCUGGCGAACAAACCCUUGAAGUAAGAACUGAGAGGAUUACUUAGAAUCUUCUGCAGUUCACUAGCACAGCUUUUUCCGCACUAUGUAAUGUGAUCUUCCCCUUUUAACUAAGGUCAUCGUAAAACAAGACUCAUUCUUGUUUACUGCAUAGAAUCAGGAAAAACCAUGGCAUAUCAGAAAGAUCAUCUUCUCAAGGUUGGAAAGGAAGGCUUCCAACUCAUAGAGACCUACCAUGGCUGGACCAGGGGCAGGCCAGGGCCAGCCAUCAGGCAUCCUCCUCCUGUUGAGGAACCUGAGUAUCUCAGCAGCUUAGAUUGCACGUAUGUUUAUCAGAGACUUAAGACUAACACAGUGUUGCAGGAGCCGCAAGGUAUUAAUUCAACAACUUAUGUUUGUCAAGUUCCUGCGGCAAAACAAGCGUAUCCAGCACCAUUUCCUGCAUCAAAAGAUAGCAGCAAUUUGAUUCCAACAACUAAGGGCCAUGACGGGUGGAAUUCAUAUCAGCCAAUUGCCAGGCCAAAAGAAUCAGAAAUCAAAGGCAAUGGUACUGGGAUAUGGUAUGUCUAUAAGGUAACCGAAAUUCCUGCAGAAGGGGAUGUUAUUACUGGUGAGGAGCACUAUUGGUAAAGGUAAAACCAUGCUAAUAGCCCCAUAAACUAUGUACUGCAAAAUAAAAAUACUAGCCUACUACUGCUACGACUAGUUUUUUUGGGCUUGGGGUUGCUUUGAAGUUACCAAAGAAACAUGUAUAUAUCUAUCUCUUUUACCCUCCACAGCUUGGAAGUCAGCUCUGCUUGUAUUGUUGUGGUGCUUGAUUUAAUAUGUAUUUUCUUGGUUUUCUUAGUUGUAACUUACAAAUUAUAUAUCAGCCCUACUUGUAAAGUUGUGGUAUGGUGCUUCAUUUCUCCCUUUCUUCUAUUCCUCUAAAAUCAAAAGUGUGAGUAAUC